AUGGACGUUACCUCGUUGUUGAAUUCAUCGUCGAUAGUGAAAGGGGAGUUAGGGAUAAAGGCGGAGACACGAAGUGCGACAGAUCAUAUUAUUAGUACAACAUCCUCAACAGCAGGAGUGGUUGCAGAAUGUUCACCUGUUCCAGGGAAUUCACUGGGUGACAAGACAUCACCUCGGAGAGUGAGUGAUGCAAGGGCGCCCAGCCGAAGCAGGACGCCAUGGAGUGCAAACGGGUAUGCGCUUCCGCUUACACUGGACACCAAAUCAACUCAAGCACCAGGGGGGACGAUAUCCAGCAGUACAUCGCCCGCGGAAUCUGGGAGUCCCAAGUCACCACGACACAAAUUCUCCGAUAGUCAUAGUAGCCUUUCAUCUUACACGUCCUCGUCGACUUCGCUAUCACACUCGAGGAUUUCGUCAAUGUCUACUGUGGGGGGAAUCCCGCCAGUCAGUUCUAUGCCUGACACACCUUCACUUGAGACUCAAUUCGAAUGUGUCGAGUUUCCAAUACCUAGAAUUUGGCCAUCAGAUGUCCAGCAAAGGUUGAGAAGAGAAAGAAAUCAAUCGCCACCUGCAAUCGAUGGGGAAAAAUUAGUCAUGGAUCUAGGACGAUUGGGCUCUCCAUCGGAUGCCAUGUUAAUGUCAAGAGGCACGCAGAGUGUGCAGAGUAUGCAGAGCAUGCAAGGUGUGGAUCGGGCUACUAAGAGAAAAGAUUCCAUCAUUGCUAAGGAUAUCAGACCUAAUCUUUGUCAUCUCGUCCCUCUUGAGUUUGCUAAAGUCCACAAGAGGGCCAUUUCAGCACCAGAUUUCGCACCAUCAGACACAAUAGAUCGCGAAUUCCCCCCACCACCUUCUACAUUUCAGCCCACUUCAUCUCCUUCCCAUCGAGGUGAGCCUCGUUCAAGUUUCACCAUGGAGACGACACCUUAUUCCCCUCCUCAACCCGGUCAGACUCCUCAGGACGACGGCGUUUUCUGCAUGUAUAAAACAAAUUGCGAUACAGGCUCUCAGCUUCGCAAAGCUAUUUCGCACAUAUUUGGUCGCAAUAAAACGUGCACGCGAAACAUCCCUUCGCACGUCUGGGUUCAUUUCUGCAGGAAGCACUACCAACGCAGCCGCUAUCGCAAUGCGCAGGAAUGGGCUAGAAUUCAGUGUGAUCUGGUUCAGAAACAGAUUCACCGGGUCCAAGAAUGGAGUGACAAGAACAAGCAAGACGGCUUGCCUGGAAUUGUUCAGGAAUGGUCCUUGUCAAUGAGGAAGCGAGAGCAAAACCGCGUCCAGGAGAAGACCGGGAGAAAGCGCACUUACCGCAACGAUAGUGACGACGACGACGAUGAUAUACCGGAUAGCGCUACGCUUAACGGUACCGCAGUCCCCGACUGGCUUCGCAGCAAAUGCGGUGAUGGGUAUAGCACAACUGAAAUCGAAGAGAUUGUGGCUCGUCUAAAGCAAGAGAUGGUAGAGACCAACAUGACCCAAAUACCCGACAUAGAAAUCCUUCCUAAUAUCUCUAUGGAUGUCUCGAACGACACAAGGCCUAAGACACUAAUGAAGCGAAAGACUAGUGCUGGGAACAACACUCACAAGCGAUCACAGUCCGUUGGUGUCGCUCUCCGACCUGAGUCGCAGGCCAUGGCUCGUCGGGUAAGCCAGCCCACGUUCUGGAGAAAUGACGAUAACACGCCCCCUUACCCUUCCGAGAAACGUCAGCGGACAACGGAUCUACCGCUAUAUAGCGACAAUGCAAAUAUGAGUGCGAGAUUUCCUGAGCGUCCGGCGCUUGCCCCACUGCGAGAUAUGCGCACGCUUGCUCAUCGUCCCGCCUUCGACAAUAUCCGGGAGAAUCAUGCGGAGGAGUCAUACUAUAGCCGCGAGGGCGCGAAAGCCUUCAGCUAUAACUAUGAUCAUUGGCCGACGCCGUUCUCCCAACGGAAUGGCAGCCAGCCGGCAGCUCUGAAUUCAGACCCUAAUACCUCCCGUAGCUAUCUGAACGAUAGGCAUAACCCCCAUCAACGAUCUUUGUCACAAGUAGAAGGCUUCCAGAAUAACUUCGCCUAUCGCUCUUCUUCUACUUUCCCUCCAAGCCAUGCUUCGGAAACGGCGCCACACUACGACAGAGGUCCAAUGCCUUCCAGACAUUCUCAUUAUGGCGACCAUUUACCACAAGUUGAACAAACUUCGACUUCAUACCAACAACAAUGGGCUUCUUCUGUACCAGCCCACACCUCUUCUUACUCUGGGUAUAAGCACAUGCGCCAUCAGAGUACACCAUCAGCUCCUCAUAGUGGUAAUACCCCGCAGGUACCUAGCACUGAAUACGAGCCUGCUAACAGUGCUCGCGCCGCCGGUUCAUAUGAGCAGCCAUCUUUAUGCCAUCCUCGCCAGGCCCCGCACGCUCCGGCGCGCCAAUACUCCCAUCGACCUCUGGUCCAAGAAUCCGACCAAGCUAAAGCUGUCUUUAGUGAGCGUCGCUAA